AUUCAUUAAGGGUAUGUAAUGGUGAACUUAUUUUUAAAGGCUUUUUUAAGUCUUGAAGGACUGAACCAAUUUCAGUAUAAUUUCCAAAUUUUAAAACCAUUUUACCAUCAUUUGGUAGCCAAAUGAAGAAUCCAAAAAAAGUACAUACUUACAAUGCAGACGAGCGAGAAGGUCAUCGAAGGCCAUUAUACGUAACGAAAAGACCGCAAUAUCGCAUGAAUUUUUGUUUGGGGUGUGGACGUGAUAACUUUAAGUGCGUAAUUGCUUUCGAUUUCAACUACUGUAGCCUAUGCCUUUUGAAUAUUGAUUAACUAUAAUAACUUGCAGACAAAUUGGGUAUAUAAACGAGUGUCAAUAACGGUAACAUUAUCAAAGUUCAGUUUUCGUUCAAUCGAAGUAAACCAAACAAAUCAAAAAACCUCUCAAGAUGUUCAAAUUCGCUGCUAUCUGCUUCAUGGCUGUUGUUGCUCUUGCUGCUGCCAAACCAGGACUUGUUGCUCCACUGGCCUACUCUGCACCUGUCGUAGCUGCUCCAGCUGCAUACGCUUCAUAUGUUGCACCAUACGCAUCAAGCUACAAUGCUCACUCUGUUGCCCACUCGGCUGCUUACCCAGCUUAUGCUGCUGUAUACGCUGCCGCUCCAGCUUACGCUCCAGCUGCUUAUGCCGCUGCCCCAGCUUUCGCUCCAGCUGCUUAUGCUGCCGCUCCAGCUUUUGCUCCAGCUGCUUAUGCUGCCGCUCCAGCUCCUCUGCUUUUGAAGUAAGAUGGUGCAUUUGAACUGAUUUUGGGACCAAGUAUUAUUUGAUCGAAAUAAAACGAAAACAAAAACUUAAAUCUAAAUCUGUUUAUUUCUUAUUUUUGGUCUUCGGAGUCAAGCUCAUACUUGAUUGUUUAAAAUUUUCAAGUUUUUAAUGAAAAAGGCUCUUAUGUUGACUAAAAGUAUAAGUUUUUGC